AUGCUGACCGAAUUGGCGCCCCUGCGGUCGCUGCUGUCCAGCCUGUCCGCCUCUCGGGGCGUCCUGCUUGGCCUGGAAGGCUGCUGUCACCGCCUGUGGUCCGGCCUUGACCGGGUCGACGCCCAACGGCGCCAUGCCAUCAGCUCCUCUGCCCCCCGGCUGAUGGGUCGCAAAUCUUUGAAGAUCGCGGGCCGGAAGACCGCGAUGGACGAGCGGCGAGCCAAGCUUUACGGGAAAUACGGCAAGCUCAUCUGCCAAGCGGCAAGGAAAAAUGGGACGGACCCGUUGACAAAUUUGCGGCUGAGGGACGUGCUUGAGGAGGCCAAGCGGGCCUACGUGCCAAAGGAAAUCAUCGAUAGAAACAUGAACAAGGCAAUGGACAAAAGCCAAGGGGACUACCAAGAGGUUGUGUAUGAGGCAUAUGGUCCUGGUGGCACAGGGUUCAUAAUGGAAUGCCUGACUGACAACCUGAACCGGACAGCAUCGGACAUCAGGGCGAUCAUUGGGCGUGCUGGUGGCAAGAUGGCCAACAAAGGAAGUGUCUUGUUCAAUUUUGAGCGCCUUGGAACUGUGAUGGUUGAAGGUCACGAUCUCAGGGAGGAGCAAGUCCUAGAGUGUGCCAUGGAUGCUGGUGCACAAGAUGUCAAGACGUGUGGAUUGAAUAGAUUCAAGAUCUUGACUUCAAUUGAUGAGUACACGUCCAUUAUGGAUAGAUUGGCACAGAAUGGUUUGCCUGUCAUCGCCGACCAAUGUGGGCUGGCAUAUGUACCAACAGUGGCAGUGCAGGUCUCAGGUGAGGACUUGGAAAGGAACCAGGCCUGCGAGUCGAAACUGCUCGCCCUUGACGACGUGGAUGCAGUGUACACGACGUGCGAGGAGCUGUAG